AUGGCUACUCCAGUAACCAACAUGGACAAGCCGGCGGCUACCCAGUCGGAACCGGCAAAGGUUGCCCGUCCCCGUGCACCUCGUCCUCCUAGGCCCAACUUCAGACAAAUUCACCAGUUUCCUCUCCCGGUCAAUGUACAUCAUGUUCCACCUGUAAUUCCUCAUAACCCUUUAUCUCUCAUAAGCGUCGCUCUCUCGUACCUCACAUUCCUUAUCUCCCCACCUCGUCGUCAAGAAGUCCACUCGGCCUACUUUGACAAGGCCACUUCAUCGAUCCAUGUUACGGACGAGAAGGCCAUUAAAGCCUUGUGGGAGAUGGGAUUCUUUGGCAAAGGUAGUCUCAGUCGAAGUGAGCCUAGUUGGCUGGCGCGAGAGAAAAAGAGGCGAGGGUUACAUGACGGCAAGACCAGUGAGGAAAUUACAAGAGCCCGACGAGAGGAGCGUCGUGGACUGAAGUUAGAGCGUGCUCGUAUGGAAAAAUUGGCCAUCGAGGAGAUGCUUAAGGCUGAAGCUGCUGCUAGAGAGUCUGGUUCUACCGAUGACCCUACUGGGCAAUCAACGCCAGACGACACAGCUAAUGGCACAGCGACCCCAGCCGAGAAAUACUCUCUGAAGAAGGCGAAGGAGGCUAAAAUGCUGGAGGCUCGGGAGGCACGCUUGGCAGCUCAGAAUGCGGAUCUCGAACAGAAGCCCGAAACCGAAACCAAUGGAAAAUCCGUGCGCUUCUCGCCACUCGUGCAGAAAAAAGAGUUCUCAUCAAACUCGCCAUUAUCUGAAAGUGUCGUGGAGUCACUCGAUGUAGACGACUUCCCCAACGAGGAACAUUUACAACUUUCCAACGAAGAGGCAUUCUUCCUCGCCUACGGACUCGGAGCUUUGCAAAUCUACGACGCACCUUUGAGCUCGGAAGACCAAUCCACCUCACCAACCCCCAUCUCCGCCCUCCUCCAACAGUUCUGCCACCACUCCUACCAACCAACCCGUGAAGGCACCGCCGCCCUCCAACCCGAUGAUCCCUUCAUGGUAUCAUACACCGUUUACCAUCACUUCCGAUCCCUGGGCUGGGUCAUCCGUUCCGGUGUGAAAUUCGGAACUGAUUACCUGCUUUACAACCGCGGACCCGUCUUCUCCCACGCCGAGUUCGCAGUCGUCGUCAUCCCAUCCUACACUCACCCCUACUGGUCCGAAACGGAGGAGCGGAAGAAAUAUACAGCGGAGAAGCAGGCGAGGAGUUGGUGGUGGUUGCAUUGUGUGAACCGUGUCCAGGCUCAGGUGAUGAAAAGCUUGUGUCUUGUCUACGUGGAUGUGCCUCCGCCUGCUGCUUCCAUUGAUGAUAUUGGAGCCUUGUUUGGCCAGUACAAAGUCCGCGAGUUUAUGAUCAAACGAUGGACUCCGAACAGGACUCGUGAUUGA